GGCACAAUUGCAAAAAAAAUGGAAAGAACUUGGUUUAGGUGAAUGUCUUAAAACAGAAAACUUGGAUGACUGUUUGACCCUCUGUCAUGAUCUUGAACAAUAUGAUUUAGAAGCAGUUAGACUACCAACAAAAGAGAAAUUAGAAGACAGACCAGAGGCUGGUCCAGGACCUAGAAUGCAAGCAUUUAGAAAUGAUAACAAAUAUAAGAAUUUAAUUAAUGAAGAAUUUAGGCACUUAGGAGAGAUGAAUAAAGGGCAAGAAAGACUGGAGAAUGAUUUAGAAUUUAGAGAGCAAGAAAUAGGUACAGCAGUUAAAAGAAGAGCUGUAGCUGUAUAUUAUGCAAAAGUUCCUAAAUCUUAUCCAGAUAAUGGAAGCGAUAUAUGA